UUAGGAAGGACUCACGCUGGGAUUUGAAUUCGGCCAACUAUUUCAAACAUUAGUUAUUAGUGUUGCUCCAACGUGUACCCGGGGCUACCCUCUGACGACAAAUUACCCCAAAUUGUCUUUUGGGGUGUAUGUUUGCUCAAGUAUCUCCUCUUAAUCGGCGUCGUCGUGAAUUGAGUGCUGUCGUACGUGUAGCCGGUGGGAAAAUUCAAGAUACUCUACAUUGAGUACAUUUGCAAUGAAAACCAGUGUCCACUGCCAUUGCCCGAAAUGCUACACCGUCCCUGUCCGAAAGAGGGUCCGCCUGCGCACGUCGACCGUCACCUUGCUGAGUCUGCCCGAGGAGGUCCUCCUUUGCGUGCUUCAGUGUCUGUCCGCCGAGGACCUGCUGUCCGUCAGGGCUGUCCAUUCUCAGCUGCGUGACAUUGUUGACCACCACGCCAGUGUUUGGGCCCGGGCCAGCUUCAGAGACGUUUGGCCAUCUCCUGAAAAUUUAUGGUUGUUUGAAAGAGCUGCAGAAAAAGGGAAUUUCGAAGCGGCCGUCAAGUUAGGGAUUGCGUAUUUGUACAACGAAGGACCGCUGCUGAGCGACGAGGGCCGAGCGGACGUGUGCGGACGGAAAGCCUCGCACUUCUUCGGACUCGCCGAGAGCCUGCGCUCGCCCGUCGCCGACCCCUUCAGUUGGCUGUUCAUCCGGCCGCCGUGGUCGCCCACAGGCAGCUGCUGCAAGGCGGUCGUCUUUGAACACCUCAAGGCCGAGUGCGAGCGUGACAAGGAAAAGAAGGGCCCCUUGUUGCACUGCUUGGCUAGAGUAUUACAGCUAUUUGAAGAGGAUGACAAACACGCGGAGGCCAUAUCCAUGUUGGAAGAGUCAUCGCGUUGCGGUUGUUUGCAGAGCUCCUUCCUUUUAUGGCAGCACAAACGCAAAGCUGCUAUGUCGGAUCCAGGCAGGUACCUCCAGUAUGUUCGAACCCUGAGAGACUACGCCACAAGGGGGUGCUGGGAAGCGCAGCUGUCCCUAGCCAAAGUUUGCACCAGUAGCAACCCUCUCGGUUUGGACGCCAAAGCUUGCUCGGACAUAGUGUCGCAGCUUUUUGGCAGCUCCCGGCAGGCGGAGCACCGCAUCGAUCGCCACACGCUGAGACUGGGCAUCAAGGACACUAUGAGAUACAUUCUGGUGGAUUGGCUGGUGGAGGUCACCACCAUGAAGGACUUCUCCAGCCUGACUCUGCACGUGACGGUGGGCUGCGUGAACCGAUACUUGGCGCUGCGCUCCGUCCCUAAAGUUCGUCUACAGCUGCUGGGAAUCGCCUGCAUGGUGGUUUGUACGCGAUACAUCAGUAAGGAUAUCCUUACUAUAAGAGAAGCGGUGUGGCUCACCGACAAUACCUACAAGUAUGAGGACCUGGUCCGAAUGAUGGGGGAGGUCGUUUCCGUGCUGGAGGGGAAAAUCAGAUGCCCAACACUGCUGGACUACGGCGGGGUGCUGCUAUCCCUCCUGCCCCUGGAGCGGCGGAGCGCUCACCUCUUCAGCUACAUCUGCGAGCUGUCCCUGCUGCACUCGGUCCUGGCGGCUCCGCCUGCCGCCAAGCUGGCAUGCGCCAUCCUACUGCUCACCAGAGCCAUGCAUCACUACGCUCCCGUAUGGCCCAGUCAUUUGGCGGACUACACGGGCUUCUCCAAGCAAGACCUGUGCCAGCUUGCCGUGCUCGUCUUUGUCAAGUGUUUCAGCCCAGACAUACUCAUAGAUUACCGACUCGUGUGUCUGACCGGCGUCAAGCAGCGCUUCGAAGAUGACGUCUACCAGCGCAUCAGCAGCGAGAAAGUGAUGGGUUUUACGGAGCUGUGUCACAUCCUUGAAAUUCCCGAAACGGUGCCCGAGACGGAGCCUCCGAGCCCUACCGGCCAACCCGCGGACAUCCACGCCUUUCUCGCUUCGCCUUCCGGCUCAAGUAAAAGGAGGCGAGACGACGGCAUGCGGGCCGACGGGGGCGGGCGGGUGUCCACUCCCACCGCCGAGCUGUCCAAUCAGGAGCAGACGUUGCUGGUGGAAAUCCUGGACUGGAGUCUGGACUCCUCCUCAGGCUACGAGGGCGAUCGAGAGGAGAGCGAGGGCGAGAAAGAUGGAGAUCAUUCAAUGACAUCCAUCAAAAUUGAAGCCGGCACGGCCAACUCGUGUCGAGACAAUUGCCGAGCGCUAUCCAGCGACGAAGAAGUCUCGGGCCUGCCCGAAAGAGAGCGGACCCAUCGUCCCAAAAAGCGGGAGGGCCUUUUCUUCUCCAAGGACCUUCACACUUCGGGCUAUUCAUCAGUGCAGAGCACCAGUUCCUCGUCGUCGUCUUCCUCGUCCUCUUCUCUCGUCCCGUGCUCGCUCCAAACUCUCCCCGCCGCUUCGGCGGACGCCUCCGCUCCGUCCCGACCGGGUUUCCGCCUUUUGGUUCCCGUGCAGCGGGCCCGCGGCCACUCCGGCAAGCAGGUAAAGCGUAAGAACUCGGCGGCGCACGGCGAGCCGGCGAAAGAAGAGGAGCCGGCUUUUUGCCUUCCGUAGACGCUAAGCACUUUGAAACUCAUAAAGUUAAGGAUGUUUCAGGAAGAACCUAAAAUGUAUUCCGCUUGACCAUUUUUUUGAACGGACAUUACGUGAGUUCAAAUCAAGUUUACCUAAACUUUUUGUCGGGAGUGCAAGUGCGCGAAGAUGGCUUUUAGUUGAGCGCCAAAGCUAAACAAUCCAAAUUUGGACCAAAGGCAAUCAGGCAAAAAUACGUUUUUUUUGCGCUGGGAAUCAGAGGUUAGACACCCCCUAACCUAACCCUAACCGUUUUAGCUAGCGUCCGUCUGGACUCGAUUUGGUUGAUGUUCCAUAUUAUAUCAUGGAUGUAUUGAUAAAAAGGGAAACCCAAUAGAAGCAAUCUUGACAUGAUGUACAAUAUCUGCAUAGAAAACCGUAAGUUGCUUUAAAAAUGUUUCAUCCUAAAAUUGGGGCAGGGGUCCUCGUUUUGCUAGUGACGUAAUCUGAAUAUGUACACAAGUCAUAACAUGAUUUAAGGGCAAAUGAAAUCUAAGGAUGGUACCAACUCAUCAAUGAGUUCACCAAAUGUGCCUUCCGCCGCCGUUUAAGCUAACACGGCAAACCGAAGACUAAAUGAUGGUGCUGAUUAUCAAAGAGUACCUUUGAUUUUUUGUUUGUUUACAGAAAACAAAACAUACCUCCAAUCCACUCAAACCUCUGGUUUGUUUUCUGGAGCUGUCGGCUUUCCUCAGGACCGUUUCUUCCAUUUUUAAAAAUUUUUUUUAUCAUGAUACAACCCCUAGCAAAAAGUAUGGAAUCGCCAGUCUCGGACUAGCACUCACUCAGACAUUUUAUCAUGUAGAACAAACUCCGAUAAAAAGCUUGAAAAAAUAAUGAGUUCAAAAGUGCAAGUCGUUAGCAUUCAGAAACCCUAAAAGAAAUGAAUAAAAAACAUUGUGGUGGUCAGUUAAUGUUACUUUUAUAGAGCAAGUGCAGGGAAAUAUGAAUGGAAUCAUGAGAAACAAACAAAUAACAAUCAAAACACAUUUUUAGGAUUUAGUUGCACCACCUCUGGCUUUUAUGACAUCUUGCAGUCUCUGAGGCAUGAACCUGAUGAGUAUUCUUCAUCAAUUGGAUGCCAACUUUCUUUGAUUGAAGUUUCCAGAUCAUCUUGCAGGUCGGAGCCUUGCUGUGGACCGUUUUUUUCAAUAGGGUUGAGAUUUGGGCUAUUUGCAAGCCAUGAAUUUGACUGGAU